GUUAUCUCUUGUUCUGAAUCCCUUGAAAAAAUCAUUCCAGGGUACGAAGAAAUGGCUGGAAACCGUGCAUUAGAGGAGGCAAAGGUUCCUUUGCUCAAUGAUUUAGCUUCUGCAACUAAGUUAAAGGCCGAGCAAGACAAUGAAAAUCAAUCCCUUUCAAAAAGGGUGUGGAUUGAAUCCAAGAAGCUAUGGCAGAUUGUUGGACCUGCAAUUUUCAGCCGCAUCGCCUCCUAUUCCAUGCUUGUUAUCACCCAAGCCUUUGCUGGUCACCUCGGUGACCUCGAGCUUGCUGCUAUUUCUAUAGCCAAUAAUGUCAUCGUUGGUUUCGACUUCGGCCUUCUGCUGGGAAUGGCGAGUGCAUUGGAAACCUUAUGUGGGCAGGCAUUUGGGGCCAAGAAAUACUACAUGUUGGGUGUAUACAUGCAACGUUCAUGGAUUGUUCUCUUCCUCUGUUGUGUUCUGCUUUUGCCUCUGUAUCUCUGCGCCUCACCCUUUCUUAAGCUCUUGGGUCAACCUAAAGACGUGGCCGAGCUAUCUGGGGUUGUGGCUACAUUGAUGAUACCACUCCACUUCAGCUUUGCUUUCCAGUUCCCUCUGCAGAGGUUCCUGCAGAGUCAGCUGAAGAAUAUUGUGAUUGCAUGGGUGUCCCUGUUGGCCCUCAUAGUACAUGUGUUCGUGAGCUGGUUGUUUGUCUACAGACUGCAGCUUGGAGUCGUAGGCACCGCCAUCACUCUCAACUUUUCUUGGUGGAUUUUGGUUUUUGGCCUCUUUGCAUACACUGUCUGCGGUGGCUGUCCUCUUACAUGGACCGGUUUCUCCAUUGAAGCGUUUUCUGGUCUCUGGGAGUUCACCAAACUCUCUGCUGCUUCCGGUGUCAUGCUCUGUUUGGAGAAUUGGUACUAUAGAAUAUUGAUAUUGAUGACAGGAAAUCUCCAGAAUGCAAAGAUUGCCGUAGAUGCUCUGUCUAUAUGCAUGUCAAUCAACGGAUGGGAGAUGAUGAUUCCUUUCGCAUUUUUCGCAGGAACUGGAGUGAGGGUUGCAAAUGAGCUUGGAGCUGGAAAUGGGAGAGGAGCAAAGUUUGCCACUAAAGUUUCAGUGCUGACAUCAGUUGUAAUUGGCAUUUUCUUCUGGCUGUUGAUCUUGCUAUUCCAUGAUCAGUUGGCGCUCAUUUUUACUACAAGUAAACCAGUUCUGGAAGCUGUGAGCAAGCUCUCAAUUCUCUUAGCCUUUACCGUUCUGCUCAACAGUGUUCAGCCAAUUCUCUCUGGAGUGGCUGUGGGAUCAGGAUGGCAGUCCUAUGUAGCAUACAUAAACUUGGGUUGCUACUAUCUGAUUGGGGUUCCACUUGGAUUUUUGAUGGGAUGGGUUUUCCACCAAGGAGUCAUGGGAAUUUGGGCUGGAAUGAUAUUUGGUGGGACAGCAAUUCAAACAUUGAUAUUGGCCAUAAUCACAAUGAAAUGUGAUUGGGACAAGGAGGCUGAAAAGGCAUGUAUGCACGUAAGGAAGUGGGAGCAGACAAGGUAGAACAGAGUAAGGAACUUGAUGGCAAGAAUGUUCAUGACGUGUCAGGGCUGCUUCAUACUGUUCAAAUGAGAACAGUUUUAGGCUCCGAAGCCUUUUGAUUUUGAUUGAUAAUUUAACAUUAAAUGCACAUAUGCAUAAGCAUAUCCCAUGUUUUUAUGCCAUUUGAUUGUAGAAUGAAAUUGCAACUGUGCUGUUAAUUGUAAACCAUACAAUUACAGUCAUUGUAUUAUGAAGUUGAAGAAGAUUGGAGAAUAAAAGCAGAACAUUGUU